CAGCGUCUAACGGCCGGGCUGAGACUGUCGUUACUGGCAGGCGUCGUGAUGAGCCUGGCGCCCGCUGUGAGCGGCGAGGACGAGGGCAGCCUGCGGCUGGUCAUCGGCGCUCGCGUGACGACGCACGAGGGCCGCGGCAACGUGGAGAUCUUCCACGCCGAUCGGUGGGGCGCCGUAUGCGACGACGAGUGGGACACCCGCGAGGCGCAGGUCGUCUGCCGUAUGCUGGGACACGAGAACGCCUCGGCGCGUGUCACUGUCAACGCACACUUCGGAAAAGCCCUCAGACCUAUCUUGAUGGACAACAUAUACUGCACGGGUGAGGAGCUCCACAUCGAGGAAUGUCCCUUCGACGGGUGGGGUGUGCACGACUGCGGCCGGGACGAGGCAGCGGGCGUCGAGUGCCAGCUCCCGGCACCGCCAACAACCCCGGGUCCGCCAUCACCAGUCAUCUUCAAGAAGAAGAUAAGAAGUCGCAGCCGGGGCAGUGUCAAGUUGCGGCUGGUCGGUGGCAGGACCCGCAACGAAGGCCGCGUCGAAGUGUACAUACCCAAGCGUGGAUGGGGCACCGUGUGCGGGGACGGCUGGGGCCUCCUCGAAGCAGCCACAGUCUGCCGACAGCUGGGACUCGGCUACGCCGACGCAGCCAUACAGGGUGACCACUUUGGUGGCGGGAACCAUACCAUGAUGCUCAGCGGUGUGAUGUGCACCGGCCUGGAGAAGAACCUCGCCGACUGCCUGCAUGAUCAGCUGGGCGUAGGCGCCGUCACUUGCCCAGGAGUAGGGGACAGUGUCGCAGGCGUCGUCUGUGUGCGAGACCAAGCGGACCUGGUGAUUGACGAACACGAGGUGGAGCGGUCGGCCUAUCUGGAGGACCGGCAGCUGCUGUACCUGCAGUGCGCAAUGGAGGAGCACUGCGUCUCUGCUUCCGCCUAUGCGCUCAAGGCAGACCCCGGUUGGCUGUACGAGAGUCGGCGCCUGCUUCGCUUCACGGCGCGCGUGGCGAACGUGGGCAACGCUGAGUUCAUGCCCUUCCUGCCGAAGCACGCCUGGGUCUGGCACUCCUGCCACAUGCAUUACCACUCAAUGGAAGUGUUCGCUCACUAUGACGUGCUCGACACGGCCGGACAGCGUGUGGCUGAGGGCCACAAGGCGAGCUUCUGCCUCGAGGACAACGUGUGCCAGCCCGGAGUGGACAAGCGCUACAAUUGCGCAAACUACGGCGACCAGGGAAUCUCUGUCGGCUGCACCGACACCUACGCACACAACAUCGACUGCCAGUGGGUCGACAUGACCGACGUGCCACACGGACACUACACUCUCAGGGUGUCCAUCAACCCGGAAUACAAACUGGCUGAGAUGAGCUACGAUAACAACGCUGCUAUAUGCGACCUCAUCUACACGCAGACCUACGCUGCCGUCACAAACUGCACUCUUGGAAGGCCGUGAACUCGCAGCGACAACGAGAACGCUCCUUGCCCAAGAGGACGUGCAUCUCAAGGAGCGUCGAGAUAAAGUGGACACGUCAAUGUGCCUGUUCGGACUCCUCCGACCUACCACAUAUGACCGUUCAUUGGUUGGUGCUGCACUCAAGGUCCAAGUCGCAGCAAUGGUGUUUGCGGCAGUCGAGGAAAAAGGACAACUCGCGCCUGUGUGAAUGUUUUUUUUUUCUUUUUGUAAAAAAAGUUACGACGGCAUCAGUCGCAGGGUCUACACGGCAGCAUCCUGGUAACGACGGAUGUGCUCGCGAGACCGUCUAGCGUUCUGCUUGACCGCCUUAAGGUACAGCGAUCAUAGCGAGCUGCAAGCGCAUUCAGCGGAAAGGACUCGAAUGAUAUAGCAUACCUCUACGUGUUCUAAUACGUUAGAUGGCUCUCAGAGUUACCUUCCUAAGUGUGCAUGCCACUUACACAACACUAGUGACCUGCAUGAUGACUUAGACAUCGGGUGUGGGGACAGAUGCUCGGAUCAACAGAACCCCGUGAAUCGAAGUUCGUAACGACAUUUGUUUUUUCAUGCCUGUUGCGUCAAAAUAGUCUCCAGAACGGCGCUGCGACGCUGCUGACAAAUAUUGAAUAAAAAAAGAAUGAGCGCCGCAAGGUGACUGACAAUGACUGGCUGGACCGUGGAUGCCACAGGGUAUCCGGACGUCUAAUAAAUGUGGAAAGAAUGUGAGAUUGCUGUAGGCUUGCAAAGUCGCCAAACUAGGAGCUACCCCCCCCCCCCCUUUCAAGCCGACUUGAAAUCAAGCUCGGUUCAAUACUCAGGUUUGGCAGGGGGAUCUUCACCAACACCAAAUACAUCUUAGCGCUUCCUGUAACAUUGUCUCUGGUCGUGCCUGUGUGUUCUUAGCGGGAUAGUGCAGUCGACUUCUCGGGGAGCUAGGGCUUGCUACUGCCCAAUCCACCCACCCCUGGUCUGUUGUGAUUUCCUGUGCUAAGUUAAAAUUGAAGAGACAUAUAUUUACAUGAGCCCGUUUCAAAGGUCAAGUUAGGUUCAUAUACAUGCAGGCGCGGCUGAAAAUUAUGUAAGUGAAGUUAUUUAUAAUAAGGUUUGAUUCGCAAAUCGUUGAGAAAAGUGACCAUCCACAUACGCCACACAAGCAGUAGGCGCAUAGAUAGCCGCCUUAACACCACCACCAAUGACGAGCAACUGAAAGCUGAUAUGCUGAUGUUCAACGGCUACUUUAUGCCACCUGCUGGUACAGUAAUUGCACUGCCCAAGAAACUUGAGUGUUUUCUGAUGUAUACGCUAACAAAAUAAAAAUUACAAUAAUAAAAAGGACAUCAAGCAGCGUGACACUUUUUCUUAGUGUAAGAUCGACAUAUAAGGUAACACACGAAGGAUAUGUGAGUCUGGUUACCGAACAGCAACGAGCAAAUCCACAGAAAAAGCGUAGCCAAAACAAGCACAAAUAAAACAAAACAAGAACAAAGAAACAAAACCACAAAUUACAAGCCACAGCACAGUAGGAUGCGCAGUGCCUAGAAUUUGUAUAUAAGUCUUAGUAUAUAAACCUUCGUCCUGCAGUGGACAUAAACGUAGAAUGGUGAUGAGGAUUAUACAGUCAAAAG